UUGGUGAAACAAAAGCUGCAAAUUUAAUUCUGGAAGAGGAAUCUACUGAAAAUAUAAAAACCAGCCUAGCAGAAUUAAAUGCCAAGUCAAAUGAAGAUGAGGUACAGAAAGACACAGAAGAUGCUAAUAAACAGCUGGCAUCAGAAGAAAAAGAAGAUCAGCCUGGUGUAUCUCCAUCAAAUGAUGUUGGAUUUAAAAAGGUUUUUAAAUUAGUUGGAUUCAAAUUUACAGUUAAAAAAGAUAAAACAGAGAAAGCUGAACCUGUUCAGCUAAUGGCUGUAAAGCCAGAGGUUGCAGAAGGGUCAAGUGACGUAGCUGGAGACUAUAAACAACUCAUGACAGAGACAGUGGGAGAAGCCACACAAAGUGAAAUCACUGCCUCUGUAGACAAGACUGAGGAAGAAGCUGAGGAGAUGAAAGGAGAAACCUCCUCUGAGAAAGUAACAGAAAGCCCUAUGGAAGCAGAAAGCAAAGAGGCAGAAAUCAAAAACAAUGGGAUUAAAUCUCCAGAUUCUCCAGUAAGCUCAUCAACUGCUGAAACUGCAUCACCUCUGAGAAAGUUUUUUACUCAGAGUUGGGCUGGGUUUAGAAAAAGGACAAGCUUCAGAAAACCUAAAGAAGAAGUGCAAUCUGAAAAAGAAAAAAAACAAGAACAAGAAAUGGAGAAAGAAGCGACAAGAGAAGGAAUAAUUGUUAAAGAAGACUUAGAAAAAGAAAAACUGAUACCAGAAAAAGAUGGGACAUAA